CAGGCUGUCUGCACAUCUGGAACAUGAUGGGUCACCAGGACAAGUCUGCAGCCAUGGAGGAGCCUGCAUCUACCUGUUUUCCAAGCCAGCCUAUUCUGGGGAAGCUCAAAAGAAAUAUGAUGCCCCAGACUUCAGAGAAAAGACAAGGUCAUUUAGCCAAGAUGAAGCGGAGAUAUCGUGAAAGGUCUGCACUUCCUAUAAGACUCACCAGCUGCAUUUUCCAGAGGCCUGUCACAAAAAUAACUUAUCAUCUUGGCAAUCGGGUCAGGCGCAGUCAACCGAAGGAGACCUUGCAGAAGCCCCAGCAACUGUGUGCAUCCAGGAGACUGCAGGGUCUCCAGGCUGGCAGCACUGAAAGACAACUUUUAAGUACUCUAGAUAUUAGAAAUACUUUAAAAAUAGCUGCACCUUGUAGUCCAGGUGAAUCCCUGGGCCAUCUCGGUGCUUGGUCUCUACACACCAGCCCCGAGCCCACCGCUGUACAGUCUUCAGACUGGGCGGAGAUGAUCCCAGAAGCAAGUCUCUGUCUCCCACAGUCGGAGUGCAGAUGGUCAGUAACUGAAGGAGAUAUCUGCAGACAGAAUCAGAAUGUGAAAUAAGCAAGGGAGAGAGUGGCUGAGGCUCUGAGGGCAGACAGGCUUGCCAGGGAUGCAGAGAGAGCAAGGAGCCAAGAAGGAUGUUCUGAGACUGGAUGGAAAUAUGUUGGUUGCGCUGAAGAAACCAAGAGGUGUGGCCCUGGGGAGGUGGUUCCUGUGAGCAGCCCUCAGUUUCACUUGCCUCUUUUAAUGUCAAUCCUGCUUCUUGCUCUGGUCUGUGAUGCUUUGUCAUAUUAAGCUGAACUUAACUAAACUUUUUUGAGACACAAAAAUGUGAAGAGUAGAGGGUCUUGGUGAGAUAUCGGGUUUCAUGUGACAAGAAAGAUCUUUACUUGUCCUGGUACAGCAUGAUUUCUGUUUACCAUGAUUUAUAUUCACUUUUAGAUUAAAUUCUACAGAGGUAAUUUAUCCUGAGCAGUUAUUUAGUAUUUUUAGUUAUAAUAUUUUCCUAUAAUAUUUACAUUUGGGCAAAGAUGAUGCCUACUGUAAAGAGCUAAUUUUUUAACAUUAAAUUAAUUUGAUUCCAUAAAAAAAAAUAAAUAAAUUAGCCAUAUUUCAAGUGUUCAAUACCCACGUGUGGCUAGUAGCUGCUUUUUUGGACAGUACAAGCCUUUACUUUCUUCACUUGGAGUUGGAAAAUGGACAAAUGAACACAUGUUCCAAUGACAUAGAUAUAUAUAUAGCACAAUUUCUUUAUCUAGUCAGCCAUCACUGGAAACUUAGCUUACUUCCAUGACUUAGCUACUGUCAAUAAUGCUUCAGUGAACAUGGAGGUGCAUCUAUCUUUUUGAAUUAGUGUUUCCAUUUUUUUCAGAUAAAUACCUAGAAGUG